GCGGCCGGGCACUAUUGUUGAUGAGGUGCACGGAGGAGGUGGAGGCAGCGCGGGUCGCCCCGGGCUGGGGACGGCGCUAGGAACGGGGCCGUUGGCUGAGGCGUGGGACCCUGGCGAGGACCUGCCGGCGUCGCACGCUUACGCCCUUCCGUUUCUUCCCCGCCACCGACGGUCUUCCGCAAGCCCCGGCUCUCAACGGACAAUGUCUCACCAGCGCGUGAGGCGCAACGGCUCCCCGACCCCGGCCGCUUCCCUGGGGGGAGGCGGCGCGGUGGCGGCGGGUGGCGGAGCGGGAGCGAGCAGCCGCCUCCAGCCCAUGCGGGCCACGGUGCCCUUCCAGCUCAAGCAGCAGCAGCAGCAACAUGGCAGCCCCACGAGGAGCAGCGGCGGCGCCCCGGGCGGGGGUCUUCCACGCGCGGCGCCCGCCUCGCGCAGCAUCAGCCCCACGCGCGCGGCGCCCACCGGCAGCGGCAACGGCGGGCGCGGCGGCCCCGCCAUGGCCACGCAGACGCCGGGGGGAGGGGGAGGCAACGCCGCCGCCUCGGCGGCCGCCGCUGUCUCCUCGCGGGGUAGCCCCACGCGUUCCAGUGGGGCGCGGGGGAGCCCCCCUCGGCCCCAUCACCUACCGCCGCCUCCUCCCCCGCCGCCGCCCCUGGGCUGCGGGCCCUCACCUUGCUCUUCUCCGGUGCCUCAGCUGCCGGAGGGCAGUGCUACAGCGGCGGGCAGGGUCCGGCACCGGCGGCACUCACCGGAGCAAGGCAGGAGCUCCCCGGAGAGGAAGAGCCCCAGUUCCCCCGUCUGCAAAGCUGACAAAUCAAGACCACCUUCAUCAAGCCCAUCCAGUAUUAUUCGCCGGACUUCCUCAUUGGAUACGCUUGCUGCUCCAUACCUUGCUGGACAGUGGCCUCGUGAUAAUCAUGGACAGGCUGCUCCAUGUAUGAGAGACAAAGCCACACAGACAGAAAGUGCCUGGGCUGAAGAAUAUUUAGAAAAGAAGAGAAGCUCACACAAACGUUCAGCAUCGUGGGGCAGCAAUGAUCAGCUCAAGGAGAUAGCAAAAUUGCGUCAACAACUGCAGAGAAGCAAACACAGCAGUAGGCAUCAUCGUGAUAAAGAAAGACAGUCUCCAUUUCAUGGUAACCAUGCAGCCAUUAACCACAGUCAGGCUCCCAUCCCAAAGAGUGCUCUUGUUCCUGUGAUACCUAUUACCAAAUCAACAGGAUCACGAUUCCGAAACAGUGUAGAAGGACUGAAUCAGGAGAUUGAGAUAAUAAUUAAGGAGACGGGAGACAAAGAGGAACAGCUUGUUCCUCAAGAUAUUCCAGAUGGGCAUCGUGCACCACCACCAUUGGUUCAGCGUAGUAGUAGUACUCGCAGCAUUGAUACCCAAACACCUGGUGGAGCAGACAGGGGUAGUAACAACAGCAGCCGCUCUCAGUCAGUAUCUCCAACCUCCUUUCUUACCAUCCCUAAUGAAGGCAGUGAAGAAAGUCCAUGUUCUACAGAUGAUCUUCUUGCUGAUUCCAGAGAUAAAGAGAAUGGAAAUAAUUCUCCCUUGCCAAAAUAUGCUACCUCACCAAAACCCAACAACAGCUACAUGUUUAAGCGUGAACCUCCAGAGGGCUGUGAAAAAGUGAAAGUCUUUGAGGAAAACUUGCCAAAGCCAUUGCACGAAAUUCCAGCCUUCUACUGCCCUGACAAGAACAAAGUGAAUUUCAUUCCUAAAAGUGGCUCUGCUUUCUGUCUUGUCAGCAUCCUCAAGCCACUUCUUCCCACACAGGAUCUCACACUUAAGGGCACUACACACAGCCUGACUGUUUCCUCCAGCAUGACGCCCAGUUUGUUACAGCCCAUUUCUAUGGCCUCCUUGUCUACAAACACAGAUCAAGACAGGAUCUCUCGUGGAACAAGUACAGUAAUACCACAGACCUCCCUAAUCCAGCAGUCGGGACAUAUUGAGGAAGCUGAAGGAUAGAUUUACAUUGUCUUGACAUUUUUCUGGGCAACUACUGGGGAAAAAAUUGGAACCAGUUGACUGAACCUCUCUGAUCACACUAUUUGCAUUGUUUUAACAGGUUAUGGCACUGUUGUAAUUGAACAGUUUGUAUAAUUGACAGUUUGGUAGCACAUCGAGAAGUUCAGGAGGAUGCAGCAGCUGAUACACUGCUGCAGUUUCUGCUUGUGAAGACUCCGGUUCUGUUUCUCUCCUGCUUUUUUAAACACUGGUGAAAACAGACUGUCAUAAUCCUUUGCCAUUUGAAGAACCAGUUGUUGUGAUGCUGGGUGUCCUUUGACUUUUUCCCAUUAAAACAAAAAUCUCAAGACCAACCAGCUGAUCCCAUUUACCAUUGUAAUCUGCAGAGGGAGGGGCAAUCAGAUGGUUUUACAAGAUGUCUUUUGUAUGAAAAUGUGUAUUUUGUAACAAAAACUUGCCUUUUCUGGUGUGUAGCAGAUGGUGUUUAGAAGACGCUUUCCUGGUGAUGAUGAUUCUGCCCCACCCUUUUUUUUUUUUUUUUUUUUUGGAAGGUUCUUUUUUAUAUGGCUGUCUUACAGCUGCUGGGACCAAAGGAUUGCUGAAGUAUUUCAGCAGUCUCAAAUUACAUGACCUUGCUGAACAGCCUCAGCCCUAAACAAAAUAAGUUAAUAUGCCUGAAACUUUUAAAACAGAAGAGUAUCCAAAAAGCAGUGUUAGUAUAUAGUGUACAUUGUUUUGAUAUCGGAAGUUUGUGCUUCAGGUAAGUGACAUUCUUAAAACUCCUUCCUUCACAGAAUUCCCACCAGUGUCGAUUUAUUGGCUGGAAAACUGCAUUUUAAAGCACUUGCCCAGUAUUGUUCUUUUUGUCCAUAGGAUUUUUGUGCAGGGGUGGGGGAAAAAAACAUGUUAUCCUCUUACUCGGUAUCCUUCUUGGUAUUUCCUUCCAGAAAAUAUGCUGCUUGCCUCUUACAGGCUUGCUUGGCUACUUAAGGAGUUAGUCAGCCUGAAUCAUUAAUCUCUUGGAACAGAUUUUCUCUGAAGUGACUCAUCACUGUAUUAUAAACCCUGGCCACAUAAUACUGAAAUAUCCGUGCAUGAUUUCCUCCCUUUUGUCAUAGUGGUGUCUUGUGUGUCCAUUGAAGGUGAUGGUUUGUCAGGCAUGGUAUCUAUUACACAGGAGUUUACAGCAGCAGAUACAUUCUCUCUUUUUGACAAGCAGCUUAGGCUGGCAUGUAAAACAGGAUUUUUUGAUACCUGGUCUGUCCUGAUAUGCAGUAGUUUAAGGUUCUCUCCUUUGAAGUUAUAAUAAAAGAUGAAAAUGGGAGGGAAAGGCAAUUGCAAAUGGAAACUGUUCAGGAACUUCAGUGACAUUUUUCCUUUGUUCCUGGAGUGUAUUACUUGGGUUUGAGUAAAUGCAAUAUAGAUAUGCAAAAAAACUACAGUGACCUGAAUACCAGUGUCAUAUCAACUUACAAAACAAGUUGACCUUGUACCUCUUUUACAGAGUUAGAUUCAGUAAUUUCGAAGUAAGUGUCACUGUGGACGGUCUCUGGGUCUGUUACACAUGAGCAGUUCUCACUGGCUUGCAUGUACAUAGGUUCUGUGAAUCAGUUGCAUACUCAGGUCCCCUCAUAGCUGCAUCUAUUUAAAGAUGAUAUUGCAAAUAUAAUAAUUUUGUUCAGUGCUUAAUAUGCUAAAUUUGGUUGCAGACAUUUCAAUUGGGAGAAAAAAAGCCCUGUGUACCUGUGCAGAUAAUAGAGUUUUCGAUGCACAUUUACUGUACCUUUAAAUCCUCCCUAACUAUGAUAGCGUUGUACUUAGCAAGGAUGUGUAAAUCACAUUAGCAUGUGUAAGUCCUGUGUUCAUAGUAUAAUGAACCCCCUUUUAAAACAUCAUGCAAAAAUACAGCAAAUGAAAAAUGUACCAGGAGGCGUUAAAAUAUUAGACCUAUUAAAUUAGCAAACAAGCAGAAACUGGUUUACUAUCUUCCUUCCCAUCAAAAUAGACAGGAUUGUGCAGAUGAGACUAAAGAACUCUGUCAGUGUAAAUCAGAGCUGUUACUUUAAAACAGAGUUGUUGAAGGACAGUGUUAAAAUAAGCCACUUUGUGUAUCAAAUCUGUGUAAUUUGGCCAAUUGAUAAUUCUUUUCUGGGUUUAGUGGUUAUGAUUUCGUUUCUUCUGAAACAGUUACAGUGCAAUGUGAAGUCUAAAAUUUACUGCUUUAGAUAGGUUUGUUUAAACCUGGUAUGACUGGAUUCAGGGAAGAUCAGAUCGUUCAGGUGAAGGAAAUGCUUCUAAGUCUGUUUUCUGUUUUUAACAGUAGCAUGUAAAAAGCUUCUCCAUCAAUGCUAAACUGCCUGGUGCUUUUGCUUUAUCAGGAGAUCUUAACUGAAUGGUUAAGAACCAAAGGGCUAAAGGUAACAAAUAGCCUGUAUUACAGCCUUGAGACUUAACUGACUUCACCAAAACUGCAUUCAGAUAUUUGUUUUCAUCACAGAGUGGCUCUCCCGAAUAGCAGUGGGCUUUCUUACCGUAGGACUUUCUUUUGCACCUGCUGUAAUACUUGAGCAUCUCUUUGGUAGUUUACAUUGUAUGUUAUUGGACAAAGUACUGUACAAAUUAGCGAGCUGCUCUGAUAAAAACCAAAUGUAAAUGUGUGAGGUUUUUGCUUUUUAUAAAAAGAAACUGCAUUCAGGACAACAUUCAGUCUUUUUUAUAUGCAGGACAACUCUACUAUUGCUGUGGCAGCUCUACUUUAUUAUGAAUCCACACUAAAGACUCAGAAUUAAGAAAAUACAACAGCUCUUGUUCCGAGACCAGCUUUUACAUGUGUGCGUACAAAAAUUAGCCUUAAACUUUUUAUGUGCUAUCUUGUGCCAUAGCAGAGCUGUUAGAUAAGUACUUAAAUCAAUUUCAAAAUACCUUUGAGAGCGCAUGGAGCUUUUUAAAAAUUCUUUUAUGUAUAGAGUGGGAUAUUCAGGUUGGGGGGGGGGGGGGUUGACCCAUGCAUUACUCAAGCACAGUUUUACUGAAGGAGUUCAAGUACUUUUGGCAUACUUCAGAUCUUAACUAUGCAUAGACCUAGUCAGUUUCUUCAUUGCCUACUUUGUAGCUUAAGAAAAAUUAAAGGUCUAUUUUUGUGCACAACUUUACACACUUGAUACUCUUGUUUUCUUGGUAUAUUACACUUCUAGCCACACUUAAAGGCUGGCAGCAGUGUUUAGUAACACUGACAGCUGAUUUUGAGAUCUACUAAAUGGUGUUCCUCCAGUUGUAAAUGCUACGUAAGUUGUAAGGAAGGUCGUCGUUGUAAUGAAGGGCUGUGGUGGCAUCUAUGACUAUGGGAAUCCUUUUUUUAAAAAAACUCAAGGCACAGGGGAAGGGGACUUCUUUGUUAAAGUUUGAUCUGCUUCAGCUAUUCUUUCCUUGCUUGGCGCCAUAGUCCUGUAGCAACAAAAUUAAGUACUUGGAAAAGUAAAAGAUAAUGCUUGAGUACACAUAUCUUGGAAAGAAAUUCUCAGUUGCAUGUACAUAUCCCAAGUGAGGAAGAAAGGGGGUGAAAAUUAAAUAUUGCAUACAGUGGAAGUAAAUGACUGCUGUGUUUGAUUUACAUAAAGCAAUAGCAGCUCUUAAAAAGUAUGUUUAGUCUCAGGGCUAUUCUUUGGUUUGUCCUAAAUUACAGUUUCCUGGAAUUCAGAAUCUGAGAUUGUUGGAAAACACUGAAGCUGAGCCUUUUGGGAAGAAAAAAAACCCAAGGUCAUAUCCAUUAACCUUUCUUCUGCCUCAGGCCUAACUUCUUGUUGUUUAUUAAGUUUACUAGAAUUCAGUGGUACAGCAAUAAUUCCUUGCUGAAGUAUUAUCUGUUCUCUCCCUGCCUUCUCUGAAAUGCUAACAUAUCUUCACAGUACCUUGCUGCUAGUGACGUCUAUAUUUCCUUACUGAAUGUUUCCUUGCUGAGUACCUGACAGCUUCUCUGUGAAACGGGAAGUGUGAAGUAGAAUGCAUUGGAAGUCACCAGAGAGUUGCAGUUACCAAGACCAGUGCUGCAGGGUGACUUCUUUGGUAUUUUGAUUUCCAUUUGACUCAUUGUGCACGUGCACACACACAGUCUGCGUAGGUCUGCUGCUUUUAUCUUUAUGGUUUGAGGCAGGACUAGUAUUUCUAAAAAAUUAUUUUAUUUUUUUAAUGGGCAGACUUGCAGGCCUGUUCUCAUCAGAGCUGGUGCAUACUUAUAGGCAUCUCCAAAGUAAAGCUUCUGUGUUGUUCUUGUUUUCAUGAAGUGACUUUAAUCUGCAGAAAAGACCCUUGACAUAAAAGCAUCCAAACACUUGAGAAUGUCAGGGCUGUGCUUUCUCCAGGUAAUUCCAUAGUUUAAGCGUGUGCCUUUCAUAAAAUGUCAUAGCCUAAAGAUGUCAUUAUGGCUUAGACCCAAACCGGGUUGGCAUGUAUUAUAACAAAAAAUGUUAGCUCUUAGAAAGGUAAUAGAAGGUACAUUUUUCCUAGCCUAGGGAGGUGAAAAGCACUGUGGAAGAACUAGUUUCAUUCUGAUCGAAGAGUUCUUACGGAGUUGGGGGGUUUUUUAAACCUGGGUGUGCAGGAAAACAAAAUGACCACUUAUUGCAAGACUCACACGUAUAUUUUCUUGACAUGAAUUUGUGAGUGUUCAGCAACUCUGAAAAUCAGUUCCACUCUUAGUGUUUUGUUUAUACAAAGAAUGACCUAGAUGCAUUGUUUUGAAACUUACUUUGUGCGUCAAGUCAAGUGAGGAGAGAAUGUUAACUCUUCAAGUGUUUUGUGAAAUUCCAGUCCUGUACCCCAACUGAACCGCAAGUCUCUUUCUGAAAGCUCCAAAUGUAAAUGGAGUUCUGUUACUGCUUGCUUGAUUUCAUUGCAUGUCCUCAGUAAAUACUUAAGGUAUGGUCUUUGUUUAAUAGUUCUUCAUUGCGAUUUGUAUUUGACUACACAGACUUCUGCAGUGUUGACAGGUCUGUCUGAAUUGCAGAAGAGUACUUGGCCUGAUAACGCUGUAGGUCAACAUUUUUUACACAAAUUCCUUUUAAAACAACUCUCUCUGGAAAAUUUAGGAAGCUAAAAAAACAAAAAGACUGUUUCUGGACACUCCCUCCACCCUAUAAUUGUCACUGUGCUGAUAGUUGAAUUUUGCUUAGCUUUGUUCUAAAUGAUUUCAUUUAUUGAAAUUUAUAUUUCCAUUCAAUAAAUCGAAUUUUUGAGGGUAGCGGUCAAGGGGUGUCCAAAACUGCCAGUAGAUUUGCCUUUGUAUGAAAUUGGCUGAUAUGUUUUCCUCUGUUACACUGUGAUAACUUGUGGAGGUGUUCUUGCGUAUGUUGUACUGAUAGGUUACUUGUUGCAUGUAAGGUGAUUUUUGUAAGCAAGAGGAAUUCCAGGGAUGUUCUGCAAAAAGGGCCUAUUCUGAGGUGAUGUACACUGGUGUAAAACUGGAGCAGCUCAACUAAUUUCAAUGGAAUUCUUGAUUUACACUAGUCUCUUUGCUAUGUGUAGUUAUGCCAGUACUAUUUUGCACAAUGUUGUUUUAAAUCUUGUUCUGACUUGUGAACUGUUUCUACUGAAAACAGUGACAAUUUUACAAACUGCAAUAGUGGAAUGUUUUGGGGAAUUUUUUUUCUUUUUUUCCUAAAAUAAAAAGUCAUCACUUCAA